AUGGCUGUCCCCGACUUCCGGAUGAAAAAAGUGCACUUUAGGGCCUUGAUAGAUAGGGCUCAUUCCGAUCUUUGUCUCUCGGAAAUUCCAGCCACGUCUUCAGCACUUCAAAGGCGCAAUGAGCGCAUUCUCAAACCUGGUCCCAAUGUCUCAACGUGCGAUUCCACCAAGAAUAACCAAACACGAGCCACCCGAACUGCACGUACCCGUCCCUCAUCAACCCCAGCCUCCUCCCACCACACCACCGGCAUCAUCUGCCUCAUUGUCGCUCAGCCGCAUAUGCCAAGACCCUCCCUCGCACCACGGCUGGUUAUAAACACCCUCCACACCCCAACACACUCAUCUCCUUUUUCUUCUCUCCUGCUUCCGCAACAUCUACACCAGGCUCUUCCGCACACAUACACAAUGCAGCUCCUCAACACACUCCCUCUCGCUCUCCUUACACUCGCUACCACCUUCUCUGGCGUCUCCGCCAACUGGUUCUAUGCCCGCCAGGAAGCCAACACGACAAUAUCCGGCACAAAUACCACAAUCACUACAAAUGGCACUCUCACAAACAGCACCCUCGGCUACAACAGCACCACCGCCAUCUGCGACGACCCAGACAGGCGUGCCGAGUGCUGCGAUGUGUACCCCGAUGCCAUGAACUGUCCUGUUGGCCCGACCCUCGAGAAUACGAGCACAUAUGAUGCCGGCGGUGGCGUGGUGGAUGACCAUAGUGGUAACACUAUUCCGGAGGAGAAGGGGGCGGCGGCUGGGAGGGGGGUUGAUGUGACUGUGGUGGCAGGGGUGGUUAUGGUUGUGGGUGUGGGGAUUGGGGCGUGGUUGUAG